AUGGUGAGAACAAGGACCGAAGAUGUGGAAGAUGCCACCUCAGCACGACUGGAUAGGAUGGAAAGGAUGCUUAUGGAAGUGGCAGAGACCCUACGACAACAACCACAACAGCCUCACCAACAGCCGCCACCACCACCAGUACCCCCACCUGUAGUGCAACAUUUUCAUGCUGAAGACCGAACUAUCACCUUUACUAAGGAGUUUAAAAAGAUGAAACCGCCAACCUUCAAAGGGGGAAUAGAACCGAUGAAAGCUGAGGCAUGGGUAUUGGGCAUAGAGAAGUUAUUUGAAGUCUUUCCCUGCACCGAAGCUCAAAAGGUACAACUAGCUGCCUUCACUCUUGAGGACGAGGCGCGGAGGUGGUGGAUGCUUACGAGGACAAUCCAUCCAGAGUUAACAUGGGACAGAUUUUUGGGGUUGUUUUAUGAUAAAUAUUUCCCUCAAAGCAUGCGGGACAAAAAGGUGACUGAAUUCGAAACUCUCAGACAAGGGAACAAGACUGUUGCUGAGUAUGAGGCCCAAUUUGCAGAGUUAGCCUGGUUUGCACCGCAUAUGGGUGCCAUCUUGGAUCGAGUCAAUAUGUUAAAGUUGCCUACCUACGUAGAUGUGCUGGAGAGGGCUGUUAUAGCUGAGGGAAACCUCGCUGCUCAGAACCGGAUUGCAGAAUGGAAAGGAAAGAGGCAAAAUAAUCAAUGGUCAAAGGGAGCGGCUACUCCACCAAACAAGAAACAAAACUCAGGGACUUCAAAUACUUUUGCCCCUAAUCAGGGUACGAUUCCUGUUUGUUCGGAAUGUGGAAAGAGGCAUCAUGGGAUAUGCCAAUGGAAGUCUGGAGCCUGUUAUCAGUGCGGCAAAACGGGUCAUUUGAUAAAGGAUUGCCCUCAGAGGAAUCAACGAAAUGGUAACAGGGCUGCUAUUAGCUCAGCAGGGUCUACACCAACUACUAACACCAAGGCACCGGCCAAAUCUAACAACAAUAAAGACAUAGCGAAACAAGGCAGAGUGUUUGCAUUGGUUCCAGGAGAUGUGCAGAAUGUAGCAACAGUGGUGUCAGGUACAUUUAUGGUUCACGGUCAUUCUGCUUCUACCUUAUUUGACUCUGGCUCUACUCAUUCCUUUGUGUCAAAAUUAUUUGCACAAAACUUAGAUAAAAUCGAAGAAACACUGUCUUAUGUGUUAUGUGUAUCCUCUCCUAUGGGAGAUUCUGUGCUUUGUACUUCUGUUUAUUGUGGUUGCGAACUCGAGCUUGGGGAUGUCCGGGUUUAUGCCAAUCUGUUACCCCUCGAUAUGACUUAUUUUGAUAUUAUUUUGGAAAUGGAUUGGUUGGGUGAAUAUGGUGUAACUAUAGAUUGUCUAACUAAACGAGUCAGUUUCCAUCCUCCGGGACAAUUAGAGUCUACCUUACAGGGGCAUGGCGUAAUUGCUCCACCUUAUUUGAUCUCGGCAGCAAAGGCAUGUAAAUUAAUUCAAAAAGGGUGUCAGGGGUAUUUAUGCAGUGUUUUGGAGGGGCAAGUAGUGAAUGGAACUGUUGACAUGAUCCCAAUUGUGUGUGAAUUUCUGGACAUCUUUCCUGAAGAAUUACCAGGGCAGUUGAUAGACCGUGAAAUUGAGUUUACCAUUGAAGUAGCACCGGGAACACAACCCAUUUCGAAGACCCCAUAUAGAAUGUCGCCAGUUGAGAUGAAGGAAUUGAAAAUGCAGUUGCAAGAUUUAUUGGACAAGGGGUUCGUCCGUCCGAGUGUGUCUCCGUGGGGUGCACCAGUUCUAUGCUCACGAGAAUCACCUCCAUUUGAUCCUUCAAACCCUCCGGGAAAAGAAAUUGUAUGCAAAGCUGAAGAAAUGUGA